UUAGCCCAGCAACUGGCCGCGCAGGCGCUGGAUGUCACCCUGCCCGGGCGCGGGCAAUGCCCGGGUAGCCUGCACCCCAUCACCCUGGCCUGGGAACGUAUUGAACAAAUCUUUAACAGCAUGGGCUUUGAUGUGGCCGAUGGCCCUGAAAUUGAAACCGAUUGGUACAACUUCACCGCGCUGAACAACCCGCCCAACCACCCUGCCCGCUCGAUGCAGGACACCUUUUACGUGGACAUACAGGACGAACACGGCCAGCCUCUGGCCCUGCGCACGCACACCAGCCCCAUGCAAAUCCGCUACGCCCUGGCCCAUGCGCAAAAGCUACUUACCGAGACCACCAAGGAAAAAGAAAUCCGCAUCAUCGCCCCCGGACGCACCUAUCGGGUCGACUCAGAUGCCACGCACUCGCCCAUGUUUCACCAAUUCGAGGGCCUGUGGCUGGGCGAUGCGGUCAGCUUCACCGAUUUAAAAUCCGUCUUCUUAAACUUUUGCACCGCUUUCUUUGAAACCGAUGCCCUCACUCUGCGCUUUCGCCCCAGCUACUUCCCCUUUACGGAGCCCAGCGCCGAAAUCGACAUUCAAUUCUCAAGCGGUCCUUUAGCUGGACGCUGGUUAGAGGUUGCAGGCUCCGGCCAAGUACACCCUAUUGUCAUACAAAACAUGGGACUGGACCCCGAAAGCACCAUUGGCUUUGCCUUUGGUACAGGCAUAGAUCGCCUGGCCAUGCUACGCUAUGGCGUGAGCGACUUGCGCCAAUUCUUUGAAAACGAUGUGCGUUUUUUGCAGGCUUUUGCAUGA